CCCCGUACAACACAAGGAAAACAAACGAAAACUGCUGACGAUGACGAUGAUAUGUUGACACCUUGACGCCCUCGCCGCUCAACAUUAGAAGCAGCUAUUUAACACACGGCAGGUGGACACAGGCGACCCCGUGCAUGGUAACUCACCUGUCCAGCCGGCAAUUACAGUUCAAAAUGUCGCAGCCCACCCCCGCCUCACCAACCGAGCCCAAACUACCUCCGCCGCGCGUGGAGGAGUUUCAGUUUGACGCGUGGACGCUGCGGGUGGUGAAGAGCCACAUCAUGGGGUCACAGUGCGAGGCCACGACACCCUGCACGCCACAGACACAGAAUGAUGACCUGUGCAACUUUUGUAGGUACGAGAGAGAGCUGGAACUUCCGUCCCUGCCCGACAUGGUGUUCGCCAACAACCUCCUGGAGCUACAGCAUCGCGGCGGAGGAGCCAUCGCCUUCACCGCCCUGGACGCCCUGCGCUGCGUCAACCCCAGGGAAAGCACGGUGCAGGUCGCCCAUGCCAAGGUGUGGAGGGAGGCAAGAGCCGACUGUGAGGGCGUGCAGAAGGUGGUUGAGCCCUACGACUGGACCUACACCACCAACUUCCGGGGGCGGCUGAGUGGCGGCCUGGUGGCGAAGGAGACGACGGAGCGCAUCGACCUGGACCGUCUCAAGAAGCAGGAGGAGAUCAAGUUCUAUGGCGAGAUAUUUCUGUUCGAGGACGAGCUGGACGAUAAUGGCUGCACGAGGUGUGUAGUCAAAGUGCGUGUGAUGCCCAGCGGUCUGUUCGUGGUGCUGCGUCACUACCUGCGUGUGGACCAGGUCAUCGUGCGGAUCAACGACACACGCCUCUACAGCCCCGCCGGCGCUGACUACAUCCUCAGGGAGAGCUCCACCCGGGAGGCACCCAUUGAUAAGCUGCGGGUCCCGUCAUCCAUAUACAGCAAUCCAGAUGUAGUGUGGCAGCAUCUCCCUGUGGUGGAGGAGAAGGUGGAUAAGCUGUGCCCGUCAUCCACAUCCGCUGGGGAGUGAUGGCAUUCCACGGCGGUCAAGUUAUCAUUAUCAGUCCUCCUUUGCCUUCAACAUAGCCUGGUGCUCCUCCCUUGAAACAGUACACAAGCUUCAAUACAUUCUCCUCAUUCCA